AUGUUUAAAAUUCUUAUUUUAUCGAUUGUAUGUUUAACUAUUGUUAAUGCUGAUCUUCAGGGUGAUAUUAAAGCAAAAGCAUCGGAUGCAUUAAACCAAGGCGAAAAAAUAAAAGAUCAAGUAGUUGAUGUUGUUAAUGAUGGUGUUGCUAGUGCUAAAGCUGCAGCACAAUCAGCUUCGGAUACUGUCAAUGAAAAUGUUGAAACAUUAAAACAAAAAGCUUCUGACACAGUCAAAGCCGGUCAAAAGGUCGCUGCCGAUGCACAAGCAGCAGCAGGCAAGAAAGUUGAUGAAGCUAAAAAAGCUGGCGAAAAUCUUCGACAAAAAGCAAGUGAUAGUUUUGAUGAUGCAAAAGAUGCAGUUAAUGAUGCCGCUAAAUCAGCUAAGAAAUCAGCUGAAAAUGUAGCUGGUCAAGCAUCAAAACAAGGUGAAAAACUUAAACGUCAAGCUAGUGAUGCUAGUGACAAAGUUAAAUCAGCAGCUAGUGAUGCUGGUGAUAAAGUUAAAUCAGCAGCUAAAGAUGCUAAAAAACAAGCUGAACAACAAGGUGAAGGUGCUCUAGAAAAAUUUUUUAGUGCUCUCAAUGAUGUUAAAAAUUCAAUUUUAGAAACUCUCGGAGUAGCAUCAAAACAUGCUGCUGAUCUUACAGAUCAAGCCAAAGAAAAAUUCGAUGAAGUUUCUGGUAAAGCACAAAAAACUGCUAAACAAACAAAGAAAAAUGUUAAGGAUACACUCGAUUUAUAA